AUGGAUUGUAAAGAUGAUACUAUCUGCUCUGAGGAUGUCCGUCAUACUAUGGACGAAAGCGAAAGAGAUUGCCUCGGAAACAGCGCCAGUGAGACUAUUCCCGCGCAACGUAUUGAAGACUUCAAGUGGCAGGAGGAUGAUAAACCGGCUCUCGCGACGAAGCCGAUCAUCGACGCCAAGGACAUGGCUCAGAGGAAGCGUCGAAUAAUGCAAAUGCACACCGACGUUGUAGAACAGUUGACUGGCAUGCCGCACAUUCUUGCUAAACAGGAGAAAAGUUCUGCUGUCACACGUGGACUUGGCGGACUUUCCAUCUUCUCGCCCAAGCUUUUCGUUCUGCCGGAGGUCAUCACGGAUGAAGAAGCAGAAGCUUAUCAAAUUACGGAGGAGGACAUGGAAAGUCUUUCUACUCUGGCAUCACUGGAUCGAGAGAUGUCCCUAAAUCAGGAUGUGGCCAAGAUGCCAGUGCUUCUGCAUCUUAACGAUGUUUUAGCCCGGUAA